AUGCCAGAAGAUAAACUAGCUGAAUUUGUAGCUUGUAAAACUAAAAAGAGUAAAAAAAGAAUUAGAGUACAAGCACCUUCUAGCUUAUGUAAAAAGAGUAAACGUGUAGUUGCUAAACAAACAUCUAUAUUCAUUUCUGAUUCCCCUCAUAAAUUAUAUUCUUCUGUAAUACCACAAGAUAAAUCUCCUCUUUCUGAUAUAAGCCAAACUGAUUCAAAAGAAA